AUGUCUGAACACGGCGAAGUCGAGGUCGAAAACCCUGCUGCGGCCUUCCAGGUCCUGCCCAAGGAUGCUCUUGCCGAGCAGGGCAGCGUGAAGCUGUUCAACAAGUGGAGCUACGAGGAUGUUGAGAUCCGGGACAUCUCCUUGACCGACUACAUCCAGAUCCGCUCCCCUGUCUACCUUCCUCACUCCGCUGGUCGCUAUGCCGCCAAGCGUUUCCGCAAGGCUCAGUGCCCCAUCAUCGAGCGCCUGACCAACUCCCUCAUGAUGAACGGCCGCAACAACGGAAAGAAGCUCAUGGCUGUCCGCAUCGUUGCUCACGCUUUCGAGAUCAUCCACAUCAUGACCGACCAGAACCCUCUCCAGGUUGCCGUUGAUGCCAUCGUCAACUGCGGUCCCCGUGAAGACAGCACCCGUAUUGGUUCCGCUGGUACCGUCCGUCGCCAGGCCGUCGAUGUUUCUCCCCUCCGCCGUGUCAACCAGUCCAUCGCUCUCCUGACCAUCGGUGCUCGUGAGGCCUCUUUCCGCAACAUCAAGAGCAUUGCCGAGUGCUUGGCUGAGGAGCUCAUCAACGCCGCCAAGGGUAGCUCCAACUCCUACGCCAUCAAGAAGAAGGACGAGCUCGAGCGUGUUGCCAAGAGCAACCGGUAAAGUGGGAACUUUGGGCGUAUUCUCCGUUUGGUUCUGGUUUUGCGUGUACUGGAGUGGACGGGGGGUUCAAUAGG